AUGGUCAGACAUUACCUAUUGGAUUAUUCGGCCGAGUUGUCUUUUCUUUUUUUCCUUCAACCGCAAUUUCUGAUCUCUGUUUCAGACAACAGGUUCCGACACUUUCGCAACGAUCUGUACCUCGGCGACGAUCCAAUCUUUUUGUCAACGACACCGGCGGCGGAAAGGGGCGAGAAGGCAAAGGAGAGGCUGCGGGCGCGCAAGAGGAUCAACGAGCUGAAGAAGCGGAGGAAGGCGAAAGAAAGGAAACAGAGGUUGAAGCAGACCGGUGAAAAGUCGCCGGCCGAAUCGCCGCUGGCUACUGCACGGGCCGCAGCCCUCAAUGAAACAAUAAUGUCGAGGUUGGAUCUCAGCUGCUUCAUGAAAGCUCGCAGAAAAGGAUUUGCCAAGGCUCCGCCGCUUGAGAACGCGUAUCCUGCCAAGUACGCCAGGAGGAAGAACGUACUGCCACCGUACAAUCGAUACCUCGUAGCAGUUUACAAGUGUACCGAGGGAUACGUUUUCGAGGACUCGACGGCUGAUCGACUUUUCUGCAGCGAUGGCACUUGGUUAGGCGCACUUCCGCGUUGUGUAAAAAUGGAAGAAGCGACACCGAAUAACGUGAAACGUUGCAAUCAGGAUCGCGGUGGUUGCGAGCAUGUGUGUGAAGACACUCCAACUGGCGUGAGGUGCUCGUGUUUCGAUGGAUUCCGCGUCAAAGGAUCCUCCUGCAUAGACAUAGACGAAUGUGCCGAAGGUACAGCUGGUUGCGCUCAAAUUUGUCAAAACAGCGCCGGCUCCUUUCACUGCGAGUGUCGUUCUGGCUAUCAACUGGACACUGAUAACAAAUCCUGUUUGGACGUAAACGAGUGCCUGGUGAAUAACGGGCACGGUCCAUGCCAAGGCACUUGCAGCAAUCUCGAAGGGAGCUACGAGUGUAGCUGCGCCGAUAUUCCCGGUCACAAAUUGGCCCGGGAUAAUCACACCUGCGAGGAUAUCGACGAGUGUUUCACGAACAACGGUGGAUGCUCUCACGUUUGUUUGAACACGCCCGGCAGUGCGUUCUGCCUCUGCCCAGAUGGCUUUUACCUGACCAACGACUGGAAAACUUGCCAAGACGUGAAUGAAUGCGAAAACGCGUCCAAGGUUUGUGCGAAUAAUACUGAUUGCGAGAACACUAUCGGCUCGUUUAAAUGCGUCAGCAAGCCUCAAAAGAUGACGAAGGUCCUUCAGGAUGAGGAUUACGACGCAGAAAGUGAGGACGACGAUGACGAUUACGACGAGGAAGAGGGUGUCACGGAUGUGCCGGAAUUUGGAAAAUGCGAGGAUGGCUUCCGAAAGAAUACAAACGGCGAAUGCAUUGACAUCGACGAGUGCGCGGAGGGUGACGAAGGGGAGCCUCACGGUUGCCAGCACGAGUGUGUGAACGAGCCCGGUGGUUACUACUGUACCUGUCACUUGGGUUUCGAGCUCCACGAAGACGGUGUGUCCUGCAACGACAUCGACGAGUGCAACGGACCAUUCAACCCGUGCUCCCACACCUGUAACAACACCGUUGGCUCCUUCGACUGCACCUGUCCAUCUGGGUUCACCCUGAAGGAGGACAAUCUCACCUGUGUUCGAGCGCAAACUUGCGAGAGUCUGACGAGACGGUGUUCUCACGAGUGCCAGGAGUCAGAAGAGGGACCGAUAUGCGUCUGUCCUAGUGGAUAUCAGCUUCGCCAGGACGGAGUGAGCUGCGUCGACAUCGACGAGUGCACUCUCGACCUGUGCUCGCACUCGUGCGUGAAUCUAGAGGGCAGUUUCGCGUGUGUCUGCCCGGAAGGCCUGGAAACACCGGAGCACGAUAGGUUCAAUUGCACCGACAUGGACGAGUGCGCAGGAGGCGUGCACAAUUGCGAACACGAGUGCGUGAACGUUCACGGCAGCUACGUUUGCGGCUGUCGAGCCGGAUUCCAGCUGAACGACGAUAAGAAGACUUGCUCGGACGUGGACGAGUGUUUAAACGUUGGACACGCGUGCGGUCAGGUUUGCGUGAACACUGUUGGUAGCUACAGUUGCUCGUGCCGCGAUGGAUACGAAUUGUCCGAGGACAAUUUCCAUUGCCAAGACAUAGACGAGUGCGUGAACGAUAAACACGGAUGUUCUCACGAGUGUGCGAACGAAGAAGGAGGAUUUAGAUGCGGCUGUCCUGCCGGUUUACUGCUGGCCAACGACACGAAGACUUGUCAGGAUGUGAACGAGUGUCUCGACGGCACUCAUCAAUGUUCUCACGAGUGUGUCAAUGUUCAAGGUUCGUACGAAUGCAGAUGCCCUGCUGGAACGACGAUAGCAGCGGAUGAUAAGAGAUCGUGUGUUGCAAUCGACGCGUGCAGGUUGGCGAAUUGCUCGCACAUCUGCGAGGAACAUCAGGACACGUUCAAGUGUAGUUGCCCGGAGGGAUUCGUCAUAGAAGGUGACGGGAGGACUUGUAAGGAUUUCGACGAAUGCAUCGAGGACGAGCACGACUGUUCUCACGAUUGCUUGAAUACAGUGGGAAGCUACAGAUGCGUCUGUCCGGAAGGUCUGACGAUUUUGCAAGACGGUUUGACGUGCGAGGAUCUAACGUGUCCUCCAGGAUUGCGUCAGAACUCGGAGAGAGGACAGUGCGAGGAUAUCGACGAGUGUGCGGAGCAGAAUUACGAGUGCUCGCACGAUUGUGUCAACGAGUACGGCUUCUAUCGUUGCUCCUGUCCCUCGGGACUGACGUUGUCCGACGACGGUGUGACGUGCGUCGACGGUGAUCCUUGCUUCAACUCGUCCUGUUCUCAUUUCUGCGUGUCGGACGGCUCGAGUCGCAGAUGCGAGUGCCCACUGGGAUGCAAAAUAGGCGAAGACGGCGCGACCUGCGAGGACAUCGACGAGUGUCGAGGAAUGUCUCACAACUGCAGUUUCUCCUGCAGGAACAACGAAGGAUCUUACGUCUGCGAGUGUCCAGAGGGAUUGAAACUGGCGGAGGACGGUGAAAGUUGCGUGGACGUUGACGAAUGCGCCGAUGGAAGCCACAGUUGUCUCCAAGGUUGCGUGAACCUCGAAGGAACGUACGAAUGCGUGUGUCCCGAGGGACACGCGUUCUCCAAGGAGGAACACGCGUGCAAGGACAUCGACGAGUGUCAAACUUUGCGGCACAACUGCUCGCACGAGUGCGUGAACACCGUCGGUGGGUUCAACUGUACUUGCCCAACCGGAUGGAGGCUGGAGAAAGAUCUGAGAAGCUGUCGAGCGUCCAGCGAUCGCAGCUGCUCGCACACGUACGAGCGAGACGACGAAGAAACUCGUUGCGGUUGCCCGGAAGGAUUCGAAUUGCAGGAGGACGAGAGUACUUGCGGCGACGUGGACGAGUGCGACGAGGGUCUUCACUCUUGCACUCACGGCUGUGUGAAUACCAAAGGAUCUUAUCACUGCGAGUGUCCGACCGGGCUUCGGUUGCAAUCGGAUCGAUCAACCUGCCAGGACAUCGACGAGUGUCUGGAGAACAACGGAGCGUGUUCUCACGACUGCGUGAACACCGAGGGUAGCUUCGACUGCACGUGUCCAGAGGGUUACGAAUUAACGGAGGACCGCAAGACCUGCCAGGAUGUGGACGAAUGCGCGAAAAGUCUCCACGAAUGUUCCCAUCGUUGUGAGAACUCGGAGGGUGGCUACGUCUGUUCCUGCCCGAAAGAUCUGCUCCUUAAGCAGGAUAAUAAGACCUGUUGGAAUCCUGAAGGUUCGUGCGAGCGUAACACGCACAACUGCAGCCACACGUGCGUGAACGUCCACGCGGGUGGUUACAAAUGCGAGUGUCCCGCCGGCUGGAAAUUAAACUCGGACGGUCGGACGUGCGAGGAAAUUGAUUUUUGCGCCGGUCGACACGGCUGCUCCCACGAGUGCGUCGCUGGACCGGACGGUUUUCACUGCCGCUGCCCGGCCGGCUAUGUUUUGUCCAAGGACGACAAGAGCUGCCUGGACAGAAACGAGUGCGAAGAGGCGAGCAACAACGAGGUAAACAACGGCUGCUCUCAUUCCUGCGUCAACACGGACGGCAGCUUCGAGUGUCGCUGCCCGAGCGGCUAUCGACUGGCCGGCGAUCGGAGGACCUGCGAGGACGUGAACGAGUGCAUCGAGGACAACGGCGGCUGCUCUCAUCUCUGCGCAAACAUCGAGGGUGGCGUCGAGUGUGCUUGCCCCGAUAAUUACAAGUUGCUCGAAGACGAUGGGAAAACGUGCGUGGAGAUCGACGAAUGCCUGAUCGAUAACGCCGGCUGUUCUCAUCUCUGCCAUUACGAGAACGGCACCGCGUCCUGUUUCUGCCCGCCCGGAAUGAUUUUGGAGGACGACAACGCCACGUGCACCGAGGAGAACAAAUGCUACGUAGAGAAUGGCGGUUGCUCGCAUUUUUGUAGCUACGAGAGUGGAAAGGUGUCGUGUUCCUGUCCGUCAGAGAUGACGCUGUCAGGAAACGGGACUAGCUGUGUGGAACGAAACGGAUGCUUGACAGAAAACGGCGGCUGCUCCCACGAUUGCCGUUACGAGAACGGGGAAACGUCUUGCCACUGUCCAGCCGAUAUGAUCCUCUCGGACGAUCAACGCCUUUGCGUCAACGCGAACAAAUGUUUCAUCGACAACGGCGGCUGCUCCGACAUCUGCGCCUUCUCCAACGGGUCCGUCAGCUGCGAGUGUCCGUCCGGGUUCGCUCUGUCGGCAGACGACAACUCCACCUGCGUUGACAUCGACGAAUGUCUGGAACUGUCCGACAACUGCACGCACAAAUGUACGAACACGGACGGAGGAUUCGAGUGCGCUUGCAACGAAGGGUUCAAAGUGAAUCCCGUCGAGCCUGCUUUCUGCGACGACGUGGACGAGUGCGAAGCCUCGAACGCCGGAUGCUCUCAUACCUGUCUGAAUUUAGUUGGGUCGUUUCGUUGCGCGUGUCCUUCGGGAUACACUCUGGACAACGACGGUAAAACCUGCAGAUUGGUCGACGGUUGCAAGCAGAGCAACGGGAACUGCUCCCAUCACUGCCACCCAAGUGAAGAAAACAGCGAGAAGGUUCGCUGCUCCUGUCCCCUGGGCUUCAGACUGAAACAAGAUCAGAGAACCUGCGAAGACAUCGACGAGUGCGAAGAGUUUGAGAACGACGUGGACCUGGGUUGCUCGCACAUCUGCGUGAACACCGAGGGAGGAUACUACUGCGAGUGUCCAUCCGGAUACAUUCUGCUGCCGGAGGACAAGAAGAAUUGCAUCGACGUGAACGAGUGCCUCAACAGCCAGCACAACUGCAGCCACGACUGUUUGAACCUGCUAGGAAGCUACGUCUGCACCUGUUACGAGGGACACUAUCUACACACCGACAAAUCCACCUGCCUGGACAUCGACGAGUGUUUGGAGAAGAACGGCGGCUGCUCUCAUCAGUGUACCAACACCAUAGGCGGCCACUUCUGCUCCUGUCCAGCGGGUCACGAGCUCUCUCAAGACGAGAAGACCUGCGUGGACAUAGACGAGUGUGAGAUCGAGAUAGCCGACUGUUUGUACGAGUGCGUCAACACUGUAGGCUCGUGGAAGUGUGCCUGCCCGGUUGGCCACGUUCUGGCAAACGAUUCGAGGAGCUGCGUGGACAUCGACGAGUGCACGGUGAACAACGGUGGCUGUUCUCACGCCUGUUUCAACGUAAUCGGAGGUGUCAGAUGUAGCUGCCCUAUUGGGAUGCGUUUGGACGAGGCUGGCAAGACGUGCAGCGACGUGAACGAGUGUCUGACAGAGAACGGCGGCUGCUCAGACGUCUGCGAGAAUUCGGAGGGCAGCUUCUCCUGCCGGUGCCUCGAUGGCUUUCGUCUGCACACGGAUUCCAAGACUUGUCUCGACAUCGACGAGUGCGAGAUGGAAAACGGAGGAUGUUCCGACGAUUGCGUAAACACGGAAGGUAGCUAUCGUUGCGGGUGUCCGGCAGGUUUCCUUCUGAAGGGCGAAGAUGAGAGAUCAUGCGUCGACGCGAACGAGUGUGAAGAUGACAACGGUGGCUGCUCUCACGAAUGUAUCAACGAGCUUGGCUCUUACCGAUGCAACUGUCCAGCUGGCUACGAGCUAAGGAACAAGUCGUGCUAUCACGUGGAUCCUUGUGGCAGUAAUAACGGGGGCUGCGAGCAGAUUUGCAACGAGAAGAACGGCGCGGUGGUGUGCACGUGCGGCGAAGGCUUCCGGCACGACGAGAACGAUCGCUCGAGGUGCAAGGAUAUCGAUGAAUGUGCUGUUGGUCAGCAUGGGUGCGAUCAGCUGUGCGUGAAUGUCGUUGGAUCGUUCGAAUGUAGAUGCAGAGAAGGAUUCGAGAUGCAGAAUUCUACGUGUGUUGACGUCGACGAAUGCGAGAGAGCGGCGUGCAAAGGUAGCAGAUGUAUCAACACGUACGGCAGCUAUCGUUGCGAUUGCGAGACAGGGUAUCGAUUGGACGGCGACGAUUGUGUAGAUGUCGACGAGUGCGUCGAGGAUACGCCUUGCAAAGAGAGAGACUGCAUCAACACGGUUGGCUCAUAUCGAUGCGGUUGCUCGCCGGGAUUUAGGCCACGCGGAGAUGAUUGCAUAGAUAUAAAUGAAUGCGAGUGGAACAACGGCAGAUGUGAGCAAGAUUGCAUUAAUACAGUCGGCUCCUACGUAUGUGCUUGUCAUCCUGGUUAUAUAUCGGAUCUCAGGAAUAGAAGCCAGUGCCAAGAUAUAAACGAGUGCUUGAACCGUAACGGGGGCUGCAACGGCGAAUGCGUUAACACAGCCGGAAGUUACUACUGUACGUGCAACGGUGACCUGGUGUUGGCUUCCGACGAGAGAACUUGCGUUUCAGCGGAAUUGAGAUGUCGUGCCAUGGAACCGCCUCUGCACGCCGAAAUCAGAUGUCCGGGUCAUUCUUCCGGGGCGGUGGAUUAUCCUGUUGGAGCUAGAUGUCAUAUACGAUGUCGAAGAGGUUACAGGCUAGAGGGAUCGCACACGAGGUACUGCAUGACCGGAGAUCGAUGGAACGGCAAGGAGCCGGCCUGUGUUCAAGAAUCGAUCGUGACCGAGUCCCGUUACCAUUCAGACACGCCACGACCGUUCGUCAGGUGUCCCCGAGACAUGGACGUCGAGCUACCCGCAAGGCAGAACACGAUACGCGUCUCGUUUCCUCAACCAAAGUCCAACAUGAACUGGUGGAGAUACGUGGACGCCUCGCCAUCGUGGGCCAAGCAAUUGCAAGCGGAUUUACCAGCGGGCACGACGGUCGUCACUUUCACAGCAUGGUCACCAGUGUCGAAUUAUACCAGCACGUGCAGGAUAGUGAUACGUGUUCGAGACACGGAGAAUCCGAAAGUUUCGACGUGCCCGACGUCCUUUGAAGUGCGGCUAAGCCCCGGCGAGCGAAAUCGCUUAAUAUUCUGGCAGGAGCCAACGUUCACCGACAACGUCGGCAUCGAGCGGGUCUACAAAACGAGGGAACCUGGACAACUGAUGUACCCCGGCAUUCACAACGUGCGCUACAUCGCUUCCGAUGCAGCCGGAAAUCGAGUCGAAUGCCAUUUCUCGAUACACGUGCGAGAAUCCGAGCAUCGUCGAGAUUCCGAGCCGCACUAUUUUAGAAGAAGAAUGCUGAUGUGUCCCGGAAGACCACCCCAGCCGAUACCAUCCUCCGCUUACGGGUGGCGGAUACCGAGCGGAUGUUACCUGAGGUACACGAGAAUCUUCUCCGGAGCGUACACCGUUCAGAAUUAUCGGGGACAGAGGCAGAACGCUUAUCAGGAAGCGAGGGCGGCUUAUCACGAAGUUCAUCCUAUUCACGGUGGCCAAGGUCAAGCCCAGCUACCUGCUUCGUAUCCCAUCGGCGACUAUCGGCAAUAUCAACUCCGACAGCUGCACGAUCAACAACAACGACGCUCCUCGAGGACCGAGCACUUGUCUUCGCUGGCGACUCGUUAUGGCAGGGGCCGCGUCGAGACGAGAAUACUGCCGCGGCGAAAAUGCUGCGCGUAAAAACGAUCAGCGGACGAUUGUCGCGCGAACAACGAGAGCCGCGAUAAACCGAAAGGAAUUUAACUGUUGAGGAAAGGCCCGGCUCGCGCACAAAAUUAUGUCAAGAGCGAGCGAAGCGGUGAAGGGAGAGGAAGAGACGAUGGAAAAGGCGCGGUUCGUUCCUCGAUUUAAUUAAGUCUAAUUAAGUCUAAUUAAAGCUGGUCGGUUUCGCGCGACGUGUGUUCGAUUCGAUUGUGAUCCAAUGAGUACUUUCCUUCGUUUAUUUUCUUUCUUGUUUUUUUUUUUUUUUUUCAAUUGAACCACUCGUGAUCUUUGGAUUUUAAUUCUAAACCAAUUGUCGAUAGACGGAGAUUCUGAGAUUAAAUUUUUCGGGGAAGAGAUUUUUAUUUGAUUUUCCUUUCCUUUUUUGUGCUUUCUUCUGAAUCUUUUUUUGUUGGUACAGUAAAAUUAUAUUCGUAUUGCAUGAUGAAUCAAAGAAUCAGUUGGUUUCAUUGAUUUUAUAAAAGUCGAUGAUCUUUACUUCAACUCGAAAGCUUGAAAUAUCCUUCGCUCUUUAAAAUAGAAACUAACUUCCUCGUAAACUUUUUCCAAGGAGUAAGAAUAAUUGUGACUUUGCUGGAAGAAAAGAUACUGAUGAACAGAACGUUCAUUCGCUCGAGAAGUUUAUUCCUUUUUGAAAUUUCGAAACUUUGAAUUUUUUUUGUUCAAGUGAAUCGUUUAGAGCUCGCGUUCUCGAUGUUAAUUUUAAUUGAAAAUCCCGAAACUGCUGCUUUAAAAAUGAUUCAGUCGAUCGUUGCAGUUGAAUGUCCAAAUAAUCUCUCCGGUGACUGGAUCGUUCAGAAUAUUCCGAGUUUAAAGAGAAAAGGGACAAUCUUAUUUCAAAUUCAAUUAAAUUUUUUAUACCGAGCUACAGCAAUUAGUCCUGUACAAACUUAUACCGUUAACCUACUUCCCGGACAACCGAACUCGAAAAUUAAUUAAAUUUCUAAUAUCUUUAUUCUUGUAUAUUUCGAGUUUCGAACCUGUUAUUUCCAACAAAAUUCCCAUUACUUCUAAAUUAUGAUGCGUUUGUAAAUCCUUCCGUUAUUUCUAAAUUCAAUUGAAUUGUCAUUUAAACUAUUUCAUUUGUAAAUUUCAAAUGCAAUCUCAUUCUGCAACGGUUAUAUAAAAAAAAUUCGAAAGAAUAUCUAGUUUAUUUUAUUCCGUUUGACUCUUUUAAUCACAUUGAUCUUGCCACGGGGGCAUAAAUCUUGAAUGAAUAAUCCACAAGAAUCACGAAUCUCAAAACACGUCGUACGAACAGUAUGUUGAUUUAACCUACAUGCUCGUAAAUCUGCGUGUUAGCAGAUUUAUUCCGAACCACUCAAAUUAUCUGGAAACGAGCACUGCCAUCCAGCACUGCCUUUUACAAAUUAUAUCUAAUAAUAAUUAGAUUACGGAUUUUUAUACGUUUAUAGGAAAAAUUCGCAGAAACACAAUAUCAAAAAUUUGCAGUGACACAAUAUCAAAAGGUGUAUACGCGAGAUAGUGCUUUUUAUAACACUUAUUAGUACGUAAAGCCUAGAUUUUACUAUUUUAGUUGUUACUGUCAAAAAUAUGAGUUCGCAUAAAAAUUCACCGUCUGCUAAUAAGUUCUUGAAACUAGGUAAGAAGAAGAAAGAGAAAGAGAGAGAGGAAUUUCAAAGAAGUACUUCUUUUCACUUUUACCAUUUUUUCUUUUCCUUUUUUUUUUUUUUGCCUUUGUUAAAUCUUUCUUUCUUGUUCUUUGUAAUAUACAUAUAUAUAUAUACAUACAUACAUGUAUUCGAUACAUCAAUUUUAUGCAUUUAUUUUAUUGUAAUUCCUUUACGAUUACGUUAUUCUUUAACAAUGAUAUGCGAGUGGCGUGGAAGGGUAUCAAAUAAAUAAUAAACGAAA